AUGGGAGUUUAUCUUCUAAAAUUCAAGGAUGAAGAAGGUAUGAUGAAAGUCUUGGAAGAAGAGACAUGGAUUAUUGGAGGGCAGCCCCUUUUUGUUAGGAGAUGGGAAAAGAAUCUUUCAAUGGUGGCAGAAAACAUUAAGAAAAUAGUAGUUUGGGUUAAAUUCUAUGGAAUUCCAUUGGAAUUUUGGAGUUUGAAGGGAUUUAGCCAUAUUGCUAGCGUUCUUAGCCGGCCCCUCUAUGUGGAUUCAGUCACGGAGGAAGGGAGUAGAUUAGAGUAUGCACAUAUUUAUGUGGAGCUUAGCGUUAACCAUGAUUUCCUGGAGAAAUUAGAGCUUGUCCUACCAACUAAAGAAAAGGUUGAAAUUCAGCUGGAGUAUGCAUGGAAACCUUUAAAAUGCAACUUGUGUAAUAUGUUUGGUCACGGAAAUGAAGAGUGUAAAAGGAGAGAGGAAAGAGGUGAAGCUGAAAAAGGGAAAUUUGGUUUGUAUAAAGGGAAAAAGGUGAGUAGUAAGGAGGAAACCUCAGGUGCAAAGGUAGGGAUGGCAAAUUCUGAAUUUCACAAAACUAUAGAGGCUAAUAAUGGGAAUGGUAGACUAAGUUUAGCGAUACCAAGGAGGAAGCUUGUGGUCAGAAAGGAGAACCAAGACAAUAGUAUGAGGGUGUUGAAUACUAACAAAUUUGCAGCCUUAGCCACAAAUGGAAAUAGUGAAAUUAAGAGUGCUCAAAAUGUAGGGGAGGUUAUCAUGGUAGGUGAGGCAUAUGAGAAAUUAGGCCCUUCGAAUAUAUUGGAAUCAAAUCAUGGGGCAUCUUCUUCCAACACCAUAUUAUCAAAAGUAGCUGAUCCUUCAAAUUUAGAGUUGGUGGAGGAGAAUCCUUCAAAAGAUGAAGUUUUUGAUCAGAAGCUUUGUGAAUCUCUAGCAAUUAAUCACUUUGGAGGUAAAAUUAAGAUUGAUGAGGUGGAUUUCAAAAGGGAGAAGGGUGACACUCUAAGCAAAUCGCAGCAGAGGAGAUUGGUGAAGCAAAGGCAAAACUCUUCCCCUAUCAAUUCUCAUUAA